GCAGUCGAGCAGGCAGUGAGGCAGCUAGCCAACCAGCCAGGCAGGCAGUCAGUUGAACGACGAACAGACAAGUUUGUUGUUGUUUUGUCCUUCCUUCCUCUUCACUCCCCCCCCUUUCUUUCUUUCUCUCUCUCUCUCUCUCUCUCUCUCUUUUACUUUUUCUUUUUCUUCUAAUAAGCAAGUCACAGAAGAAGACUAAAAAAAAAAAAGCAGAAAAGCGAGGGCGCGAGGAGAAAACCCAAAAAGAAAAGAAAGAAAGAAAACAAAAGAACAACAGGGCGGGAGAUAAGAGAAACGAGUGAAAGAACGAGAGAAAGAGAAAGAGAGAAACAGAGAGAGAAAACGAAAAGAAAAAAAGAGGAGCGAAGGGCUGCGGGAGGGGAAUUAGGAGUGUGAGAGAACUUGUGCUGGAUUCAGGCACACGUUCACAAGUAAUCUUCGUCUUUAUCCGGAAGGAAGGCUGCUGCGACUGAGGAUGCAUUCUGAAAAACUUUCUUCUACCACCGGCGAAGGGCGGAAAAGCUCCAAGCCAAUCAUGGAAAAGCGAAGAAGAGCGAGAAUGAAUGCAAGUUUAGCUGAAUUGAAAGCUCUUCUAUUAGAAGUUAUGAAAAAAGAGGGAGCUAGACACAGUAAAAUGGAAAAAGCAGAUAUUCUUGAAAUGACAGUGAAACAUGUGCGGCAAUUACAGCGACAACACUUUUCAGUUUCUGCUAAUGAAGAUCCUACGAUUAUAAAUAAAUAUCGCCUUGGAUUCAAUGAAUGUGCAACAGAAGUAAGCCGCUACCUAAAUUCAGUUGAUGAAGUCAACAUAGAAGUCAGAGCUCGCCUUCUCAAUCAUUUAGCCUGUUAUAUGACAAACUAUGGAUCAUCGUCAACACCAAACAGUUCUAUAAGCUCUUCAUCUUCAGUAUCUGAAAGUUCUUCAUGUCUUUCACCAAAUAUUCCGACAUUAUCUCCCAAAAGUGCCUCAACACCACAGAUCUCAAUACCCAAAGCUCAGUCUUCAUCUCCCGUUGUUUUGACAGUAGCAGCAGCUGCACCAUCAGUACCAACGCCUCCAUCAAAGCCCAUUGUACUAACAACAGAAGCCUGUACAACAACACCUGUAGCAUCCCUAGCAGCAGCGUCAUCAACAACGACAACAACAUCAAUAGGUACAUGUACGUCUAGCACCAACACUACAACAAUAUCAAACACACUGAACGGGAGUUUGUCGUUUACUUCAAACUCACCAUUGCAAACAGCCAAGUUCGUUAGCGGAGUCCAGCUCAUUCCUACAAAACUACCGUCCGGAGAGGUCGCUCUUGUCUUUCCAGCAAAUGUAAUGGCUGGAACACAAACCCAGCAACCAAGCUAUAUCAUUCCAAUAUAUGCCUCGACACCUCCAGCAGUAAGUCCGUUGACGACAACAGUCUCUUCAACUCCAAGCGUGAUGGCCUUUUUACCACAAGUAGCUACCAGUGGUUUGAAAACCUGUGCAGUAACGCCAAUUCAGAAUACGUCCAAUAUUUCCCAAGUUUUAUCAAAUGCAACAAACCCUCAGAUUACCACAACCACAGUUGUUCCAUCUCUUUCGGAUCAUUUACAGAUCUGUAGUGAACCGAACAUCAGUUCAAUAUCGUUGCCUUCAAAAAUGUCCCCACCAUUUCCUUCAUCCAAAGUAACGACAUUUCCAUCAUUAAGUGAACACCCGAUAUACAAUUUGGAUAACAAUAACAAUAAUAACAAUAAUAUUACUACUACUACUACUAAUACUACUACCACUACUGCUACUAAUAAUAAUAAUAAUAAUAAUAACAACAAUCCAGUCGCUCUGGAGCCUCUUGUUAUGCAACACAUAAGUGAAGAAAAUGUGUGGCGACCGUGGGCGUACUAAAAAUGAUAUCACAAGGUAUUACAAGAUGAUAACGUAUACAUGAAGUGUGACGUAUAACAAAUAUGUUUUAAAGCAAAUAUAUAAGAAAAAAAUAAAGUAAUUAAAUAACAAAUACUGCCGAACAAUAACAAGCGCAACAGCAAAACACAGAAAGAAAGCCGGACUUUAUAACAA